GUCUGUUUCCUCCAUUUGUCCAAAAUUCCUUUCUGCUCUACAUCAGGAUUAAUUGAUAUUGACUGAGAACAUUAUGCAGGGGUCAUCCAGCCACAAGGAGAACAUUGGAGCAGAUGAUCAAAGCGCCCAAGAACCGGAGGAUAAAUUGUCAGCUAGUGUUCAAACAGACACCGAUCCAAGUUCUAAGCAAAGGGUGACAGUGAAGGAAGAGAUGCCAGAAGUAGAGGAAUGGCCAAAAGGAGAGGAAUCGCAUGCCAAAGCGAUCUUUUUGACUGAUUGUAUACCUGUUCUCCCAGAAUCUCCAAACUGCCCAUUUAUGGGUUUGCUCUCCUUGGAAGGAUGCAAAGCUCUAAGGACCAUCCCUUCUUCGUUCUUCAAUCAAAUGCCUGUCCUGAAAUAUUUGAAUUUGUCGCAUACCAGCAUCAGGUCUUUGCCAGUAUCUCUUUUCGAGUUGGAUUCACUUGAAAACCUCAUUCUAAGAUGUUGUAAGCUCUUCAUGGAAUUGUCACCCCAAAUUGGGCAGCUUCAUAAUCUCCUGGAGCUUGAUCUCGAUGACACUCAGAUUGGGGGCUUGCCGAAAGACAUUGAAAUGCUGUCUAAUUUAGAAAUUUUGAAAUUAUCGCUUGAUGAAUGCAUGAACUGUGGAAAGCAGCUGCAGCAAAAUGUAUUAAUUCAUCCUGGGACCAUUAAAAGUCUCUUUAAGUUGACUGAAUUAAAAAUUGAUGUGAAUCCAGAUAGUAAAGGAUGGAACAAAGUUGAGGAAGAUGUUGUGGACGAAGCCUUUAGCUUGGAAGGAUUGGAGUCCCUCACAUUAUACCUGCCACAUGUUCAGACUUUGGGAAAAUGCUGGACAGGAAGCACAUCUUCAAGUUUUUGUCGCUUGUCUUCGUUCAGGUUUACUGUUGGGGAGCAUAGACAGCGCAUCUUCUCUCGAGUGCCGAAAAAAGUUGAAGCUCACUUUGAAAAGUGGGACAAAUGCUUGAAGCUUUUAUGAUUGCUCAGAGCUUAGGGAUCUUUGUAAAAGGGAAUUAUCAAGUGAAAAUUUAGAAGUGAUCAAAGGAGAAAGGAAGUGGUGGAAAGCAUUGAAGUGGGAAGAAUCAGAGUGGGGGAAUCACCUUGAUUAUCUUCAUACCAUUUUCUCCCCAAUCGAUGAAGAUGAUCAUGUCAUGACACAAAUGGAAGAGACAUAUAAGUCCAUCGAAGGCAUUGCAUACCUUGGUAAUUUUCUGUUCAAUUCAAGGCAUUUUUUAUUUAGUGUUUGCUUGUAUCAGUAUAUUUAUAUCUAGGCUCAAUUUGCCAAACAACUAACUUUGCACAAUUAGAAAUGAAUGGAUAAAAGUAACAUCCUCAUCAUCUAGUGUGCAUUAAUUCAAAAUCUCCUGCUACUGUACUCUAUUUUCAUAUCCUAAAUGAAAUGAUACUAUAAUCUUUAAUCUGAGGAAUGAACAAGAGAUGAUAUAUUUGCAUUAAGUCUAAUGAUUCCAUACUCCUUGUAGUUUAACAGAGCUGUAUUACUGAUAUUCUACAGAUUUUUGGAUUCUCAUUGCCUUUUAUUGGAUGAGUGACAGCUCUUGGAUCUACACCAUAAAUCUAGGAUUAAAUGCAGAACCAUGACAUUGGUGUUGUUGGUUGCUCAAAUAUCAGAUGAGGUCACAGAGGUGGUGCGGAACUUAAGCUUCUGAAUUUGGUUGAUAGUUUGUUUUAUGUAAAGUAGUGUUGAACCUCGCAAGUUGCAUUUCUUCGAAAUUUAAGUGAUGUAAGCCCAGCACUUGAGAUUCAGGGCAUAUUUUUUAAGAGAUGUAAUGUCACAAGGAAUUGCAAGACUGGCUUUAUAUUGCUGUGUAAAUAGUGUUGCUUUCCUCCUAAUGGCCCCUUUCAUGUUCCAUAUUCUGAAAGAUUUAAGAGUUCUAUUUAGGGUAAGACUGGUUUUAU